UUUCAUCAGUAUCAGGUGCUAUUGAGGUGAUGUCAGGAAGGGAAGGGACUUUCAGAGUGAGAUGUACCUCUACUGGUGGGUGGACACGUAAUAUGACUGUUUCUGGACCACAAUAUUCUGGUGAAGAACAAGGCCAUAUGACAGUAGAACCAGUUGGGGUUCCAGAGAGAAUAGGAAAUGAUACCUACACUGCCACUACCAGUACAAUAUCUGGAGGAUGUGAUGGAGAUAUAUACCAGUGUAAUGCAUCUAAUGGAGCUGCCGCUGAUCAACUAAAUUUUGUGGAACUGAGAGUGGCCUCUGAUCCAUUCAAUCUAACACUGACUCAGACAUCAGCUACGUCAGUGAUAGUGGAGUGGAGUCAGCCAUCAGGAGGAGCCACAGUGACUGGAUAUGUAGUACACUACAGUCAUGGAGUCAAUCACAUAAUCAGACUGUAGCUGCAUCCUCCACUAGUUCAAACAUAACAAAUCUCGACAGGAACACAUCCUAUCAAUUCUCAGUGGAGGCUACUUCAGAACACCUUUCUGGAGAGUCUAAUAACUGCAUAAUAACACUGUUUGAUCAUCUUGAUGGAAUAAAUGCUGUAGAAUGUGACCCAGCCCCCUUUAGAGUCAAACUGUACUGCUGUCAAAGGGUCAACUGCAGUGAUUUCUUCUAUUCAAUCUACUAGUGUUUUGAGAGCUGCAUACUGUGCCACCAUGGGCACUACAAGUGUUGCUAUGACUAAUGUCUCAGUGACUGCUUCUUCUUCUGUUGGCUUCAUCAUAACUUCACCAAUGUCACUGCCAUCCACAACUAAGGUGACCACCAUGGUGUCUUCCUCAGGACUUGAUGCUACUAAAGUUACCCCCUCACCAACUGAUUCACCUCCACCUGGUAGGAUACAUUCACUGGACACUACAGUGGAACCUCUCUACAGCGGGCCUCCGAAGAGCGGCCGGACUCUCUACAACGGCCAUCACGCAUGGAACGGAAUGUCUUCCCAUAUACUUACCAUUAUUUAAAACCUCUAAAAGCGGCACCUCUCCACUCCGAC